GAAACGAAAACCACAACAACUAAUAAAGCACAGGCGAAAAGCGCCAGCCGGUGAUGGUUAAAUUUUCAGUAUAAAAAAUUCGAGAAUGCCAAUUUAAGGUAUAAUUUUCAAGAACUUCUUUGGGUUUGUGCCCCCAGGACCGAGAGGGGCGAUCCAUAAAGUCAAUCGAUCAUUAAUAGCAACGCCCGCAAUUCGUAUUCUUCGCGUUCUAUUGUCCCCGCAUGACGUAGUUUUGCGCUAAAAGUGAAACCACGGAGCACCCGUUAACAAUCGAAAACAACUGAUCGGUAUCUAUAGUCUGCUAGUGACGCAGCGCGCCGUGAUGCUGUUGCGCGGCGUGCAGAUCCUGCAUCGACGACACCAGCAGCUUGGGAAGGCCUUCAGCCAGUGCUCCUUGCGCCCGGAUGCCGGCAAACACUGGAGUCGGAAUGACGGCGAGUCUCCCAAAUUGCAUGCCUGGAAGCGACCCGGCUUGCUUCUUCAGUAUCGCUACACUGCCGAUGGCAGCGAUUCUAAGAAGAAGGAGCAGCCGGCUGUGGAGGACAUCACCGCUGGUCCAGUGGCCCAGCCAAAGGACAAGCAAGUGAAAACCUUUGCCGUCAAGACGCCUAAGGCCAUUCUGUCCAUUAGUACCACCAUCGAGGACUCUAAGAUCAACGAGAUAGUCUUUGAGAAGUCCGACUUGCCUCCGGUGACCAAGCUGAAAGAGCCGGCUCUAGCUGCAGCAGCCAUCAAUCUGCGGCCCAGCCCAACAGCAGCAGGAUUGCCGGGAGGUUCCUUUGUAAACCCUCCGGACACGAUCCCAUCGCCACCAAUUCCACCAACAACUGGUUUGGUUGGAGCAACGCUAGCAGAAAAGGCAGGAGUAGUUGCUUCCCCCUUGCUACCUGCAGAGGUGCCGACUUCCCUGCCAAAACGGCCACGAUUUGAUUACCGUGCUUCGCUGGAGCGUAAUUUUGUUACGCCCAAUCGAGCCAUAAGCGACUUCUUGCUGACCGCUUCCGAUCUAGAAAGCCUGCCCAAGAUCAAGCGUCGAUCACCGUACGAACAGGAGCCACCUAUGACCGUAUACUGGCGGCGAGAUGUGGAGGCUAAGGCUGUCGAAGUUUGGGGCUCGAAGGAGAACCUUUUGCGGGAGCGACUUAAGCGGGAGGUGGAGCGUAAGCAGUACCAGCAGAUCUAUGACCCCGCAGACCUUUUCACUGUGAAGCGCCGACUACGCGACUACCGCAGGGAGAUGGGAUCCCGCACCAAGGUGAUGCUCGAUAACCGCAAGGAGUCGGAAAAGUCCGGUCAAGUGGUGGCCACUGCUAUUGCCAUAAAUGCGGCUAAUUUGCUGUUCAAAGCUGGAGGCUGGGUGUACAGCGGUUCCCACAGCAUGUUUGCAGAAGUUAUCCACUCACUGGCGGACUUAAUAAAUCAGCUCAUCCUCGCUUUUGGCAUCUACAAGUCCUCUCAGAGUCCGGAUAUUGAUCACCCCUACGGAUACAUGAAUAUGCGCUAUGUUUCCUCACUGAUCUCGGGCGUGGGCAUCUUUUGUGUUGGCUGUGGAUUGUCCAUCUACCACGGUAUUGAGGGUAUUCUCCAUCCAGAACCCAUUACAGAUUUGUUUUGGGUAUACUGCAUUCUUAUGGGAUCGCUGGUUUCGGAGGGAGCCACCCUGGUGGUGGCCAUCAACGAGCUAAAGCGAGCAGCCAAAGAGAACAACAUGACCUUCAAAGACUAUGUUAUUUCUGGUAAGGAUCCGUGCGUGAAUGUGGUGCUCUGUGAGGAUGCUGCUGCUGUAACUGGCGUCAUGGUUGCUGGAGCUUGUAUGGGUCUAAGCAGCUACACCGGAUCUCCUAUUUUUGAUGCCGCUGGAUCCUUAGUUAUUGGAGCUCUCCUGGGUGCCGUUGCUUCCUUUAUCAUUUACACAAACGCCAAUGCUUUGGUGGGCAUUUCUAUCGCUUCUGAGCGCUUAGAAAAGAUCAACUCUGCUUUGGAGGCUGAUGUGAUGAUAAGGGCAAUUUACGACGUCAAGGGCAUCGAUAUUGGCAACGCUCGUGUCCGCUACAAGGCUGAGCUCGACUUUGACGGUCGCGAGUUGACGCGUUCGUAUCUGGACAAACAGGAUCUCGCUAAGCUGCUUACGACGGUUCGAGGCUUUCAAAAGGUUGAGGAUCUGGAGAGCUUUCUGCUGGAUCAAGGCGAAAACAUUGUGGACCUGAUGGGCGGUGAAAUCGAUCGCAUAGAGAUGAAUUUGCGGACCCAAUUCCCGGAAAUACGACACGUGGACCUGGAAAUACUCUAAACGCCCUCCGAUCGACUGGGGGCAUGUUAAAUACAUAAAGCAUUGGGUGAUUUGGUUGCUUCUAUGAGAAAUUUAUGCCUGUAUAGCUUAUAUUUAUUUCCCAUUGUAAACUUGUAAGAUGUAACUUUAAAGCUAAGCAUUAAAAGUGUAUUGCUGAGGGCUUGUCAGAAGCCUUUCGGUUCAAAAGAAAUUUUUUUGGAACAUACAUAUACUUAUAAAUGUUUACAAGUUAGACUGUUGAGCGUUUGUAGAGUGUUUUCCAUAGAAUGUCCUUCGCCUGAUUUAGAUUCUGUUAAUAUAAAUAUUGUGAUUAGUA